CUCGACUUCCUCCUCUUGAUCUCCCUUCGAUGACUAUCUACUCAUACGCCCUCUGUCGGCGAUGACCAUGAUAUUGCAAAUCAGCUGCGAUGUUCCGAAUCCUUGAGUCGCAAGCUCCGGCCAAACAAACGGCUACGGACACAAUUGACGUGUUAAGCAGUAGACUACAAAGUGCUACAUUGCUUGAAGAUAGACGGGCAGCAAUUCAAGGACUCAGAAGCUUUGCAAAGCUUUAUCCUGCUUCGGUGGCCUCUGGUGGUCUGCGAUCACUGAUCAGCAGUCUACGCAAUGACAGCGAGGAUGUUGACACCAUCAAGGUGGUCCUUGAGACCCUUUUGAUGCUAUUUACGCCUGAUGAAUCCAGUCCUGAAGCGUCGGAUGAAAUCGCCCUGUGGCUGGCAGAUGAAUUCACUCAGCGACAAGAUAAUAUUACUACCCUACUCGACCUUCUCGAAGCCCGAGAGUUCUACUCCCGCCUGUAUUCUCUCCAGUUGAUGUCACACAUUUGCAGCGCACGACCUGAACGAACACAAGAAUGCAUUUUCACAGCGCCAUUGGGUAUUUCCAAGCUCGUCAGUACGCUCGCAGAUGCGAGAGAGCCGGUCCGCAACGAGGCACUUGUCCUGCUUAUCGCCCUGACCCCCGCAUCGGAGGAAUUGCAGAAGCUUGUGGCUUUCGAGAAUGCGUUCGAGAUACUCUUUUCUCUCAUCGAAGCAGAGGGUGCAUUGAGUCUUGGAACUGAAGUCGUUGAAGAUUGCCUUUCCUUGCUGGCUCACCUGCUGAGAUUUAAUGUCUCAAACCAAUCGUUUUUCCGUGAGACGGGCUCUAUAAAAAGAGUGACAGCACUUCUUCAUGAAUGCCAACAGGAGCCAGAGGGCGACGAGCCCGUCCCUCAAAUGACUCAGCUCCACCGAGAUAAGAACGUCUGGGGUCUCCUGGCCAUCAUUCAGCUGUUUUUGAUUCGUGGUGGCAUGAGCACACCCAUCAAUCAGACUGCAUUUUGGCAGAAUGGUGUGACAGAACAAGUACUCAGUAUAGCAUUUGGCCAAAGAUUCAGUGUCAACGUCACAUCAAAGGCAUUGGCAACUUGUGCUGAUCUUAUUCGCGGUAACUCGCCAUUGCAAGAAAGAUUCGGUGACAUCGAAGUCCUAUGGGGCUCUUACACCCGUGACGAUCAGGUCGCCAAUGGUGAUGCACAUGAACCACUGCGCAUCAACGUCAUCGAAGCUUUCCUAAAGCUCAGCCUUGAGCCUGCCCCCAACAGCCUUUUGGAUGCACGGCUAGCUGCUUGUGAAUGUAUGAAGGCAUUCUUUGCCCAUCAUUCUGGAAUUCGCAUGCAUGUUCUCAGGCGAGCAAUCGAAGGACAUACUAGUGGCCAGGACAAGAUCCCAAACAUCCUCUCUGUGCUGCUCACUGCGCCGGAAUCGCGAGGAAAUGCCGAUCCAUACCAAGUGUGGAUGGCAUCUGUUUUGAUGUUCCACCUGAUCUUUGACGACGGAAAGGCGAAGGCACUAGCUAUGAGUGUUACCGAGGGCGAUGCUGACAGUGGCGAAGAAGUUGUCACCAGUGUUCAGUCUGUGGUCGGGAACCUAAUUACUGGUUUGCAACGCGGCGAUGAUGAAAGAAUCACAGUUGGCUACCUGAUGUUGCUCUGUGGUUGGCUUUUCGAAGACCCGGAUGUCGUCAACGAUCUCCUUGGAGAGGGCAGCAGUAUCCAAACCCUGUUGCAGGAGAUCAAACACCAGCGGGUCCCCAGUAAAUUGGUACCUGGUCUUUGCACUGUCCUAUUGGGUGUCAUCUAUGAGUUCUCUACUAAAGACUCUCCCAUCCCUCGCAUCACGCUUCACAAGUUGCUUGUUGAGCAACUCGGGAGAGAACAAUACAUCGACAAGAUCACGAGGCUUCGAGAAUGUGAAUUGGUCCGCGACUUUGAAGUGCUACCACAAACCUCAGGUGGUCAGCUUGAGGGUGGAUUACCUGAGGUAUUCUUUGAUCGCUCUUUCAUUGAGUUCCUCAAGGAUAACUUCAGCCGUUUGCUUCGGGCUAUUGAUCGUGAACCAGGAUUUGAGAUUUCUGUCGUUGCCAACGGCGUCGAGAAGGGUGUCUCACGUGAGCUUGUGGAUUCUUUGCGCGCAGAGCUCGAAGAUCGGACCCAAACCCUCCAAAAGCUGGAGUCUGAUCUUGUCAGCAUCCAACGAAAGCUUGAUCAAGAACAUCAGGAUCACCGAAAAACCAAGGAAUCCGGCGCUAUCGAGUUGACGAGGGCCCAGCAGGCCCAACAAUCGCUACAAUACAGUCAUGCACAGGAGUUGUCGCACCAAUUGUCAAGGCUAGAAGAGCAGCACAAGCAUGCCCAAAAUGAUUUAUUGAAGCAACACGGUGACCAGCUCCGCGCGAUCGACCGUCAACUCAAGGAGGUUUCUGCUGAGUCCGAAAGAAAGAGUCACCACGCCAAAGAAGUGAGAGAGCAUCAUGAGCGCGAAGUUGCUGGUCUGCAGAAAACCAUUCGUGGCUUGGAGGUAGAGCUCUCUCGAAUCCAGGAACAACAUAUGGCAGAGGUUGCCAAUUUCAAGAACAGAGCCCAAGAGUUGGAAAAUGUCAUCACCCAGUCCAGGGAGUCAUACAAGGCACAGGGUGCCGAUCUUGAAAAGAAAAUUCAAGACUUGGAAGACACAAACAGAUCUCAUUAUGGACAGGUUGCGGAUCUUAACAAAAAGAUCCAAGAGUUGGAAAGCACUAUCAGCCAGUCGGAGGAAGCCCACGGUAGCCAGGUAACCGAACUCGAAAAGCACUUUGAAAACCUCGAAAUCUUGAAGAAAAGUCACGGCGACCACGUGACGGAUCUCCAGAAGAAGAUCCAAGAUCUGGAAAACAACAAGAAAUCUUCUGAUAGCCAAGUUGCCGAUCUCCAGAAGCAGAUCCAGGAUCUAGAGAGUACCAAGAAAUCUCAUGGUAGUCAAGUCGCCGACCUUGAGAAGAAGAUCCAGAAUCUGGAGAGCACUAAGAAAUCUCACGAUGACCAAGUUUCCGACUUCAAGAAGAAGAUCCAAGAUCUGGAAAGUACCAAGAAAUCUCACGAAAAAGAAGUCACCGAACUCAAGAACAAGAUCCAGCACUUAGAGAGCACCAACAAAUCUUCCGAUGGAGAAGUGACUGGCCUCAAUAAGAAGAUCCAGGAUCUGGAAAGCAUCAAAAAGUCUCACGAUAAGGAAGUCACCGACCUUAAAAACAAGCUCCAAGAGUUAGAAAGCACGAAGGGGACCCACGACGGUCAGGUCACCGAUCUCGAAAAGAAGAUCCAGGACCUAGAAAGCGCCAGAAAAUCUGCUGAAGGUCAAGUUGCCGAUCUCGAAAAGAAGAUCCAGGGCCUAGAAAACACCAAGGGUACCCAAGGUGGACAGGUCAUCGAUCUAGAGAAGAAGAUCCAGAGCCUGGAGACUUUAUUGGCAGCAUCCAAGAAGGAACACGAGAAGGAAGUUAAUGACUAUAAGAAAAAGCUUGAAUCCUUGGAGUCGGAUCUUUCCACUGCCAGAAAAGACCACGAGAACUCGGCUACUGGUCAUAGUGACACGGUUGGGAUUCUAGAGUCAAACCUCGCUACAGCCCAAAAGGAGCAUGAGACUGAGAUCGCUGCUUUGAAGAAAACAGUCGCAUCCCUUGAGUCAGAUCUUGCCAAGUCCCAGAAGUCCAGCAAGGACCUUCAAACAGCCCAAGAAGACACCUCAACUAAAACCUCUGCGCUGGAAACUCGGGCCAAAGAAGCUGAAGACAAGGCCAAGGAGGCCGAGUCUCAGGCUCGCAGUGCUGCUGACGCUCUCAAGGCAGUCCAGGCUCAGCUUGAAAAGGCAAGGGCGGAAGCGAAAGAGAAAGAGGAGUCUCGUCAAACCGCCCAAUCUGAACUGGAAGACCUUCUAAUUGUCUUCGGAGACCUAGAGGCAAAGAGAACCCAAGACAAGAACCGACUCAAGGAGCUUGGAGAAGAAGUCUCAGAGGCUGAGGACGAUGACGAGGACGAGGACGAAGAGGACGAUGAGUGA